CCCCCGACUCACUGCUCGGCUCUGCUCGGGCAUUUCCGCCUCUUUGUUUUAAACUUCGGACGGCUUUUUUUCUCCUGCUCCUGUGGGGACCCGGAGGGAGCGGCGCCCCCUCCCCAGCCCGGCGCGGCCCCCGCGUGCGACCCGCUCGCCCGCAGCCGAGACGGCAGGCUUCAGAAUGUAGCACAGGAUUCCAGGCCGCCAUGUACAGGUGCCGUUUCUGUGCUAGAAAAUGGACAGAGAGCAGGGGCAGAAGGGAGGCGCAGCAGUGCAGAGCCAGUGUGCAGAGUGAAGCAGCCGAGCUGGAGAAGAGCCUCCACGCAGCAGCCUGAAGCGCCCAAUGCACAGGCAGAAGGAGGGAACAGCAGACGUCUAGAGGAGAAGCCAAAGAUGUUGACCAGAAAGAUUAAACUCUGGGACAUAAAUGCCCACAUCACGUGCCGCCUGUGCAGCGGAUAUCUCAUCGACGCAACCACAGUGACCGAGUGUCUGCAUACGUUCUGUCGGAGCUGCCUGGUCAAGUACCUGGAGGAGAACAACACCUGCCCCACGUGCCGGAUCGUCAUCCACCAGAGCCACCCACUGCAGUACAUCGGUCAUGACAGAACCAUGCAGGAUAUUGUUUACAAGCUGGUUCCAGGCCUCCAAGAAGCGGAAAUGAGAAAACAGAGGGAAUUCUACCACAAAUUAGGCAUGGAAGUGCCUGGAGACAUCAAGGGGGAGACUUGUUCUGCAAAACAACACUUAGAUUCCCAUCGGAAUGGUGAAACCAAAGCAGAUGACAGUUCGAACAAAGAAACUGCAGAAGAGAAGCAGGAGGAGGACAAUGACUAUCACAGAAGCGACGAGCAGGUGAGCAUCUGUCUGGAAUGCAAUAGCAGCAAACUGCGGGGCUUGAAACGGAAAUGGAUCCGCUGCUCAGCCCAAGCCACGGUCCUGCAUCUGAAGAAGUUCAUCGCCAAAAAACUCAACCUUUCGUCCUUCAAUGAGCUGGACAUUUUGUGCAACGAGGAGAUCCUGGGCAAGGACCACACACUCAAAUUUGUGGUUGUCACGAGGUGGAGAUUCAAGAAGGCGCCGCUUCUGCUGCACUACAGACCCAAGAUGGACUUGCUGUGAGAGGCGGGCAGCGCAGCGGGACUCGGCCCUCGUACCCGGGGGCCCCAGGCGAGCACGUGGCCGGGCAGGCCCACGACCGCGCUUGAGAAUGUUGCCUCUGGGUGUCGUGUGGACCAGACUUCUGAAUAGAGAGUAUUUAUAACUUUUGUAUGAGAGAGAAUUCCCACUCAAGCAGACACUACCAGCACCACGUCACAGAUGAUGAAACGCUUCACAGCCGCACGUCGCUUGGCAGCUCCUGUCGCCCGGGUUUCCCGACCAGAGGAGCAGUGCACACGCUCUGUCCUGACACGUGGGACCUUUGCUCGCUUUCCGGGUCUUGAAAAUCUUGGUCGUUUCAGUUUAGUUUAUGAAUUAGGUUUCACAAUAAGCCUCAAAAAUACUUGUAUGUUCAUUGAAUCCUUCAUAAGUUAUUGAAAAAUAUCUUUUCAUGGUGAAUGAUAUUUAUGUUGCCUUUAGCUUCCUGAAGACUUCAAAGAUACAUAAAAAUUUAAUUUAAAAGCAUACCAAAAGAGGCUUCCAUUAAUAUUAUGAGUCAACCACGGUAUUUAAUUUUCAAAACGUAACGAGGCCAGCAGCUCGCCUGACUCGCCUGGUGCGGCGUGGCAGCCUCGGCCUCCACUGCUCUGCAGACACACUGGGGGCCAGGUGGCCCUUCAGCAGGGAGGGCUCCAUCCCGCUGCCCCCUGAACAUGGACAUGGCUGAGACUUGGUGCUCGCCGUCCCCAGCAUGCCCAGCAAGGUGACCAGAGGUGGUUUGACCAGCUUACCACUGGUUUACUGAACAAUUCUUGUUCUAAAAAAUGGCUUAUUAAACAGGGCACAAAUUGUUCCAUGCCCUCAUUUAAUUUCUUACUUAUUCUCUCCCAUUUUCGUUCUGCUGAAGAGAGAGAUGGUGGCGCUCGUGGAGGGGCCCAGUGCCCUAAGACGGUGCCAUCCGUCGGGCGGGGGGCUGCUGCCCUGUGAAGGUGUUUGCUCCCACAGCUGCAGGUGACACCGGCUCCCACCACAGCCACCGCCAGAAGGCAGCCGGCUUCCUGCCCUCCCUCCUCUCUCGUGGAGGCUCAUGGAGAUUGCUCGCACACUUCGAGGCCAUUGUUAAUGGGCAGAACACAGGAGCGGGUGGGCAGCGGGGUGGUCGGAGGAGUGGGCUCCCGUGCGGCAGAGGCUGCUUUUCCAGGGACUUGGUGACCUACAGCGCCAGUCACAGCCUCCUCCUCCCAAAUGGUAGUAUUUUUGUGGAAUCAGAGAAUAAACUCUUUGCCAGCACAUAGAUAUCUGUUCCUUUAAAAUUGUGUAAAGGCAGGAGCAAGGAGACAGGACCCUGCUCUGGAGCAGUCACAGGAGCAGUCGCAGUGCGUCCUGGAGCUUUCUUGUCACCUCCCCUGCGUGUCCACUGAUUAUGGGUGAGCUUCAGGUCCUCCUCCCUCCUGGCGGGAGUUGUCCACCCACUGCCCUUGUCAGGGGCCGGGUCUCUGAUGGUGGCCCUGAGGACUGCAUUUUCCACGAAGUAUUUCACUUCAGUAACUAGAAUUUUUUCCUGAAUUUGCUUUGAAAGUUGAAGUUGGGCUCAUCGACACUCAGUUUUGUUUCCUGUUUCUUCUGCUUCCUGUUUCAUAUACAUAAAUGUCAGAAGCAGCUACUGAUGAGACCUAGUGUUAGUGAUGAGAACAUACAAAUUAAGUCAAUCCAAGUGAUUUUAAUGUAAAGCCUUUUAAAAACAUAAAAACAAGUUCUUUGUUAGGAAUUGGUCAAAAUUUACCUCUUUAUUUAAGCCCGUUAACUCCCGGUGCCGUUUGAGUUAUUCAGUUACCUAAGCUUGCUGUUCAUCCAAAUCAUAUUUAGAGUUAUUCUGCAAGGUUCAAUGAGUAGAUGUGUGUGAGUAAAUAUUACCUGUCUACCUCAAAAGAUAUCUUACUGCUGAAGCAUUCUGUAAAACCAUGUUAUCACAAUGCAGUUUUAAGUGUAAACAUUAGAAUUUAGGUAUUUUCCUGUGUGGUGAAAGUAAGGAAGGAUUAAACAGUAUGAGCAUCCAAAUUCAAAUAAAAUUAAUUCACAGUUCAGAUUAAACUUAAUAUUGCUGUAAUAAUCUCAUAAUAUAUAUUUGUAACUUUGUAGCUAUCUUCAAAAUCACUUGAAUUUGCUAUGGUGCUAAGUUGAUAUAUUUAAAUAUACAGAGAGGUGGAGAUGUGUCGGAGCCAGUGUCAACAUCUCCCGCUGGUUACUCACCCCUCCUGUGUGACCUGCUUUUGUAACCGUGUUAACCUGAUGAAACCUCAGCAGCAAAAGUACCUAUUUUUCUAAGAUUUCCUCCUGCAGACCGUCUUCACUACAGGACGAUCCCUGGUGACCUGUGGCCUCUUGGGUCUGACCACGGCCUUAUCAAGACUCGAGCCUGGUGAACCUUGCCAUCACGGGGAAGCUUCUGGGGUCUCCUUCAUUUUGUUGUGCUUUCAUUUAACAUCAAAAGGCUGAAUUUUAUUUUUUCCAGCGUGAAAGCCAGGAUCGGUUAAUGAUUGGAUCCUAUUAAGGUUUUUUUUAACAGAUGGAGUUACUGUGAAGGAGUUUCACAACUGUGGUGCUGGUGAAGCUAGUGUUCAGUUACGUCCUGCGUCACGGCAGCAGCGGUGGGACCUCACCCAGCACACGGUCUCACUAGACACCAUUUUCAUGAAAAUAGAAAAUUCAGAUAGAAUAUAUAAUAUUGAAUUUAAGAUUUGGGGGGUUAAAAAAAGAAAACUUUAUAAAAUUAUUUAUUCUAUUUUAAGCCUUCUAUCAUAUUUUCCCAUCCAAUUGUUUGGUUUCAGUGGUCCAGCUUUAUUUACAGGCAUAUAAAAUGAAAUUGUGAGAUGUUUUGCAAGCUUCUUCUUUUUACUUUGAGUAGCUUUUAAUUUGUAUGUUUUUAUUUUAUAUGGAUGAAGAGCAUUGUUUAUGCUUUUGUGCAAUAGGUUCCAAAAUGCGUUUAUUAGACAGAUGUUUAAAUUGUAAUGUAGCAUCUAUUCUGCUAAAUUGAAAGGGAAUGUAGGUGGAACUUCAAAAGAUGUACAUUCAGCCAUUUGGUUUUUCCUUUCUCAUUGUUACUAUUAUAGGAAUGCUGUUAUUGGGAUUGUGCGUGUGCGUGUGCCUGUGUAAGAAUACCUGUCAGCAAUAUUUAGAAGUACGUGACGGGGCAGGCAGCGUGAAGUGACGUGUGACGCCAUCCUAGACCAGCCUCAUGGCCGCCCGGGGCUCGUGCCCUGAGACCCGCUUGCUCACAGCCCUGGAUGCACCACCCCAUAUCGACCACAAAUGUGAUGGUGCUGCUUGCCCAGGGCUCCUGAGCCCUCCAGGGCGUGCGGCUUCUGAUGCCUCCUUGUGGCAUUCGAAGUCUUUAGAACUUCGUUUGGUUCUUUUCCUCAAAGCGCACAGGAUGGAUUUUACAAUGACUUGAGAUGUGUCAUUGGAUAGGAACGAGCCAGCUGGUUUGGGCCUUGUAUGUGAGUAUUUGGUGUGCUCUCAAAACAUUGAAGAUAAAUUUAGUGCAGAUGGCUAAAUCACAAAAAAAUCCAGUUUCUCUAUUUCCUCAGGAAACCAUUUACACUUCACCGCAUCACAUGUGACCUUCGGUGAUAAACCGAUGCGUUUCUCUGCCUUGGUAUUGAAACAAACUAAGUAAAUAAGUUGGGAAAGUAGAUUAGAAAACCAUCAUUCAAACUACACCGUAGUCUCAACAAAGAUCCCUGCCAGACAAGUGGGUGUGGCACGGCCAGCCUGGGCAGGGCGUCGUGUGUAACUCACCAUGUCCACGAGUGCAUCUGAAGGAUGGACUGGAGUGUGAGUGCCCCCAACGUGUGUAGCAUUAGUGUAAAUGUCUGUCCAACAACUUGAUUGGGUAUAAGAAAACCAUUUCUUCCCAAUAAUGUGGGCUUAGAGGCGAGGUCGCCGCUGAGCCUGCUCGCCACAUGUGGCAACGUGGAAGCUGUCGUGAUUUAUGGAGAUGACAAUGCAGAUACAUAUUUUUGACUGUUUAAUUUGAAAGUUUACAUUUUUUAUGCUUUGUGUUGGUGUGUAAUUUUUGUACUAUUGGUGGCUAGUUUUUGUCUAAAAUCUUUUUUGGAAUAUUGCUUAAAAGUUUUGAUUUUAUGAUAGUGAAGCUUGUAUUCAGUGUUUUGCCAAUUAAUAUUAUAUGCUUGUAAUAAAAGCAAAAGAAAAACUUA